AUGGGCCUUAUGCUACCAAAGCCGAUCCUUAGCAAGGUCGUGGAUCGGGCAGGAAACUCUUUCGUAAACGCCGCCUGCGCCUCGCAGAACGGCUUUCGCAACUCCAUGGAGGAUGCGCACAUGCUAGUUGCCACCGACGACGCCGACGUGGCGUACUUUGGCAUCUUCGAUGGACAUAGUAACGCUGAGUGUAGCGCCUACGUAGCGAAGGAGCUGCCACAGCGACUGAAGAAGCUGCCAGAGUCGAUCACGGCGGAGAUGUUAGAGAAGGUAUGCAUAGAGGUGGAUGAGGCCUACAUGAAGGCCAACGCCGAAGGCGGCUCCACCGGCACCUUUUGCCUCAUCCGCAAGGACCUCACAGUGACCAUCGCCAACGUCGGCGACUCCCGUAUCCUCAUCUGCCGCGGCGGCAAGAUGAUUUUCGCCACUGAGGACCACAAGCCGUACAUUCCGGAGGAGACGGAGCGCAUUGUUGCCUGCGGCGGCAGUGUAGUCAGCAACCGCGUCGACGGAGACCUUGCUGUAUCGCGCGCCUUCGGUGAUGCGUCCUUCAAGGUAAGGGGGGCGAAGGACUACCGGAUGCAGAAGGUGAUUGCCGUGCCAGACGUGACGGUGCUGCAGUGCGAGCCGAACGACUUUGUCAUCCUCGCCUGUGACGGCGUCUUCGAGGGCAACUUCUCCAACGAGGACGUUUGCCAGUUUGUGUGGGAGCAGCAGCAGAACUGCUGGGACGACUUGGCGGUUGUGGCGUGCCGCGUUUGUGAUGAGGCGAUCCGGUGCGGCAGCAAGGACAACAUCUCCUGCUUAGUGGUGCAGCUGGCCGAGGGCGCCUCCAAGGUAAAGUCGUUCGGCGCCACAUCCUUCGUCCCGGGGCCGCCCUUUCCGCGCAACCAGCAGCCCUGCCGCGUCGCCUACGCGCAGAUGGCGGAGCUCGGCCACACAACGACGGCGGCAGCUCUGCAGACGCGCUACCAACUUUUGCAGGCAUUCUCCAAGAACAAGUUAAAUUCGCAGCCGCCGGUGAUGCGAACUGCCUUUGAGAUGAGCGACGAGGUGGACGUGGAGACGGAAUGGUCCUUCUUUGGCAAGGGUCCCGCGCCAGGAAACGAGAAGAACUUCUUUGAGGCGCUCGCCAACACGGGCAACAGCUCGUAG